UCAACUUUAAAAUAUUGUUUGCAAGUAUAGAAAAAUCCCCAGUUACAUUGUCUGCUGCAGGCUGCAGCAACGACAAUACAUAAAAACAAGCAGAAAGGACCAACCAGCGGUAGGCAACAAUCAGCCCACUGCUCCAUAAUAGAAGAGCGAAUCAACCAGCUGAUAAAUUAAGGCCUAACAAUCAUCAAUGGCUUCCAUGGAAAACCUCCCUGUUGUCCUUUUCCAUCGUCGCUCUUCGUACACCCUUGCGCUAAAAGACCGCCUAUCACCCCACUUCCAUCUCCUCGACCCGUUUGAUACACAAGAACCCAUCAGCUCCUUCCUCUCUGUCCAUGGAUAUUCCAUAAGAGCUCUCCUCUGCGUGGGCUACACCCCCAUCACCUCUGAAACUCUUAACUUCCUACCUUCCUUAGAACUCAUAGUGGCGGGCAGCGCUGGCGUUGACCAUAUUGCGUUGCAGGAAUGCCACCGCCGUGGUAUUACCAUCACCAACGCCAGUUUGGCAUUUGCAGAGGAUGCAGCUGACCAUGCUGUGGGUCUGUUGAUCGAUGUUUUACGCCGGAUCUCAGCAGCUGACCGUUUUGUCCGCGCUGGCUCUUGGCCUGUGAUGGGAGAUUUUCCUCUUGGUUUCAAGUUAGGAGGAAAGCGAGUUGGGAUAGUUGGGUAUGGAAGUGUCGGUUCUGAAGUUGCAAAAAGGCUUGCAGCUUUUGGCUGCAACAUUGCCUACAAUUCAAGAAAGAGGAAGCCAUCAGUUCCAUUCCCUUACUAUGAAAAUGUUCACAAUCUAGCUGUAGAUAGUGACAUUCUCAUUCUUUGUUGCUCAUUAACAAAAGAAACUCACCACAUAAUUAACGAAGGUGUCAUGAAAAGCUUGGGAAAAGGAGUGAUCGUUAAUGUUGGACGGGGCUCUCUUGUCGAUGAGAAGACACUAGUGCAGUUUUUGGUUGAAGGGAAGCUUGGAGGUGCAGGACUUGAUGUGUUUGAGAAUGAGCCUCAUGUGCCAAAGGAAAUGCUUUGUUUAGACAAUGUUGUGUUAUCCGCACACCGUGCAGUUUUUACGCCAGAAUCCUUUGAAGCAUUGAUAGAGCUUUGUUUGGCUAACUUGAAGGCUUUCUUUUCAAAUGAGCCUCUUCAAUCAGUUGUCAAAAUUGAGUAAAGGAACCAUCCAUUUUCUCCAAGAAACAAAAACAGAGAUGUCCAUUUAGAUUAAACUGAUUUGUAACUGAUCUUUCAAUAAUAAUUUGCACAUAUAGGCUUAGCAUUUGUUAAACAAAGGCUAGUAAACCAAACCCUUUUGAAACAAAUUGAUAAAAGACUCAAAUCAUCCACUUGAUUUACAACUGAAAUGAUUUAAAAUCGAAACAGAAUCAUAAAUCUAACAUGGAAGAAAGAAAAACACAAAA